CUAUAAGUUUUAUAGGUUUUAGUAGAACUGGGUUUAUUUUAUGCAUUAUCUUUAUGUUAUUUUGCAUGUUUUCAUGUCGCAACUAUUUGUAUUGCCUUGUUGUAUUUUUGUUUGUUUACCGAGUUUUUAAUUAAGUGUAUAAAUAGUGAGCGGCACCUGUUUUUAUCACCUAGUCAACUUUAUAAUAUGUAUAUCUAGUUAUAAAUGUAAAGCUUAUCAUGGGUCCAAUUCAUGUUGUACUACUUAAUCAAGAUCUUCAUGCCUUGGUAUAAUUUUAUGGGCAAUUAAUUAUUAUUUUUUUUUACUUAUGUUCUAAGUUCUAGACUAGUAAUUAUUGGAAAAUAUAAAAUUUAGUUUUUGUAUUUAGUUUUCUUUGGUGCUAACUUAUCAUAUUUCAUGUCUGUACUGGUAGACUCACAAUCAUCAAACUUCCGGGUAUUUCAACUUAGCUCCUAUGAAGUCAACAGAUGGUACCAAUCUCCAAGCAGGAGGCAAAGAGGUGAUCAGUGAGGGUACGAGCGAGGAACACAUAGAAUUGAAGCAAGCUGACACUCCGCCAGCAGACGGCCAGCCCUCCACAGCAACUGACGAGCUGGCAACUACUGACACCCUCCUCAACUGUGACAACAUGAAUGACGGAGAAAAAAAACAUCAAGCAUAUUCACCUAAAAGAGUACAAUAUGCUGGAUAUAUCAAAUAUGCAAGUUUGGUGAUUCUGACAGUGCAGAAUGCAGCCCUGGGGCUUAGCAUGCGCUAUGCUCUCACAAGAGAUGUGGAGAAGUUCUCCCCACCAGCAGCUGUUGUCAUGUCAGAAGUUCUGAAGUUGGCAAUAUGCCUGUUUCUGGUGAUACAAGAGGCAGGCAACUUGACAAGAGGAGUCCAAUCCCUGUAUGCUACAGUAAUCCUAAAUAUAAAAGAUACUCUUCGAGUAUGUGUGCCAUCAUUCUUGUAUGUUGUACAAAAUAAUUUAUUGUAUGUAUCCUCACAGAAUUUGGAUGCUGCCACUUAUCAGGUCACAUAUCAAUUAAAAAUACUGACUACAGCUUUUUUUGCUGUAGUUGUGUUAAAAAGGAAACUUAAGAAAUGGCAGUGGUGUGCCCUUAGCCUGCUGGCGACAGGUAUUGCCCUGGUGCAGCUGUCCUCGGGCAGCAAGCCUGCGCCCACCAGCACCUCAGGGAAUGAGUCCAAAGUACUCGGCUUCUGCGCCGCGUUGGCCGCCUGCUUCAUAUCAGGGUUUGCUGGGAUUUACUUCGAAAAAGUACUCAAAGAAUCAGACAUAUCUGUCUGGAUGAGAAAUGUUCAGUUAAGUUUACUAUCACUACCAUUCGGAUUGGCCACAUAUCUCAUCAAGGAAAGUGGUAGUAUAUCAAACCUAUUGAAGGGCUUCGAUGGUUUUGUGUGGUAUUUAGUAAUACUUCAGGCAGCCGGCGGGCUCAUAGUGGCAGUGGUUGUCAAAUACGCAGAUAACAUCCUGAAGGGUUUCGCAACUUCCGUGGCGAUAAUAAUAUCCUGCAUAGCGUCCAUGUACAUAUUCGACUUCCAUUUGACGGUACAAUUCGCAGUGGGCACGAUGCUUGUCAUUAGUUCCAUAUUCUUGUAUGGUUACGUGCCGAAAAAACCGGAACCACGAUCUUUGAGUUAUUCUUAAAAAUAAUUUACAAAUGGACCUUUUGGAAACGAUAGAUACUCUAGUCUCCAUGAUAAUCUCAAUAAUGCAACAAGUUAUAAGAAUGGUUCAUUAUAUUGUUUGGAAACAAAUCAGUAUGAGAAGCUUCAUACAUUGAAAGUUGUGUUAAGCAUUUGUUGUGGGCGGCGUGCGGCAAGCACGUGUCGGAGCAUAAUAUUGUGAAUUAUUGAACAUUCUUGAUUAAUUCUAAGGAAAUUACAUAAGAUUUUUUAUGUAGUAAUACUAUAAAUUCAAUCAUCAAGCAAGAGUUGAUAUUUUCAAACAUCAACUCUUGCUUGAUGAAUGUAAAAUUUAAGUACAGUAUAUAGAAUAAGACUAGUAAAUUGUUUUUACGGUUUUUUAGAUUAAACUUAGAUAAUGCAAUUAUGUAUACACAUUGAGGGGACGGGUGCGUUCAUAAACUGAACGCCGCCACAACAUCUUAUAUUUUACACUGCAUUAUAAGUGGUCCUAAAGUUGUCAAAAUUAUUGCGAGUGUGUUUGGUAAGACAAGAUUAGAUAAAAAGUUACAAUUAUGUAAUAUGGUUAUUAUGUGCUGACAUCCAGUGCAGUAUAGAUAUAGAUAGUGUUAGUCUUUGAUUAAAAGUGCUUGUGUAUACACCUCCCUCGCUUGCACCACUUUAGGACCACUAAUGUUAUGCGUGUACAGUUAUUUCUAUUGAUGUAUAAAUGCUCUAGUUCGGCCUGUAUUGUCCUGCUACUAUAGAUUAUUUCCUUAUAAAUGCAACUUCUUUGAAUAAGUUUAUAAAUAGACACAUUUUUAUAGCGAAAAAUAUAUAUGUAUGGUAUUGUAUAUUAAAACAAUUAGAAUUUGAUUCUAAUUUUAUAUUUUUCUAACUAACAAUGACCAAAUAAAUAAUGUACUUAA